CUGUUUUUGUUGGAACCACAGUCAUGACUCGUGAGCUCCUUCUUUUUUCUCCUUCCUAUAAAUUAUGUCCUCUCUCUUCCCAAACAUUUAUCAAUCUUUCAAGCUUUUCUCCAGAAAAAGAAAAAUUAAAGAAAUCAAAAUGGCAGUUAGUCCACACUUUUCACUGGCAGCUAUUUUCACCUUAUUUCUCUUUACAACUAACCCAAACUACUGUCAAGCAUAUAGAAAAGUUCUCAGCUCUGACACAAAUACAGAGUUCAUCAAAACUUCCUGUGCUGCCACCACCUACCCUGACCUCUGUUUCGCCUCCUUUUCUAGCUACGCAACCGAAAUCCAAGCCGAUCCCAAAAUAUUAGCUACCAAGUCCCUCAAUUUGACACUUAACACCACGCUCUCGGCUUCCCAAAACCUGACGGAGCUCUGCAAAACGCAGGGCAUAAAGCCUACUGAGGCUGCGCCUCUUCACGAUUGCGUGGAAGAAAUAAGUGACUCGGUCGAUGAACUAACAAAGUCUAUUCCUGAAAUGGAAGAGAUUGAAGGCAAAAGCUUUGCUUUCAGAAUGAGUGAUAUCCAAACAUGGGUUAGUGCAGCUUUGACCGAUGAAGAUACUUGCAUGGAUGGUUUCUCCGAGACUACAAUGGAUGGUAAUGUCAAAGCCUCUGUCAGGAUUGUAAUCGAGAAAGUUGCACAGUUGACAAGCAUUUCCUUGGCUUUUAUCAACCAGUAUGCCCGCACCAAGAAGUGAUCUGUUAUUUCAAAAGCAUGUACUUGUACAAUUCAUUUCCUAUGCAAAUUGUAUUUCAGCUUUUUUUCUUUUUUCUGACUUGUUUUACUUAUCGAUUAGCAAGGCUUGCAAUAAUAAGUAUGAAAAUACAAAGAAAAA